AUGGUCCUGACCCAUCCCUCUAUUGUCGACGGCUGGUUCCGCGAAAUUAACUCGCAAUGGCCCGGCCAGGCGAUGACCCUCAAAGUCAAUCGUAUCCUACACGUUGAAAAGUCCAAGUACCAGGACGUUCUUGUUUUCGAGUCGGAGACAUUUGGAAACGUUCUCGUUCUCGACGGAGUCAUUCAAUGCACUGAGCGUGAUGAAUUCUCCUACCAAGAAAUGAUUGCGCAUAUUCCUCUCGCUUCGCAUCCCAACCCAAAGAAAGUCCUUGUAAUUGGCGGUGGUGACGGUGGUGUUGUCCGCGAGGUCCUCAAGCACAACACUGUCGAGGAGGUCGUCCUUUGCGAUAUUGAUGAAGCGGUCAUUCGCGUUUCGAAGACAUACCUGCCUCAUAUGUCUAAUCUAUUGGCCGAUAAGCGCGUAACAGUGUAUAUUGGAGAUGGAUUUGCCUACCUGCAAAGAAACACCUCCCAGUUCGACUGCAUCAUCACUGAUUCCUCUGAUCCCGUAGGCCCCGCCAAGGCGCUCUUUGAGAAGCCUUAUUUCCAACUACUUCAUGACGCACUCGCUCCCGGAGGCCAUAUUAGCACCCAGGGCGAGGCUUUGUGGAUCCACCUUGACCUCAUCAACGAACUCCUCGCUACAGUUGGAAAUAUCUUCCCAGUCGCGGAGUAUGCCUUUACUACAAUUCCCACAUAUCCCUCUGGCCAAAUCGGUUUCAUGCUUGGGGCAAAGGAGCCAGGUCGUGACCUUCGUACUCCUGUUAGGCAGCUCGAGGGAUGCAAGUACUGGACCCAGGACGUUCAUCGUGCUGCCUUUGUUCUUCCAGAAUUUGCACGUUCUUUGCUGAAGGAGGGCAAGGACAUUCGUCCUCAGCUUGGGCUGGCCCUCGAGGCCGGCGCAAAAGAGCGCAAGAUUUUGCUUUUGGGAAGCGGCUACGUUGCUGGUCCCGCUGCCGAGUAUAUCCUUCGUGACCCUCGCAACCACCUGACUAUUGCUUGCCGAACGCUCGCGUCCGCUCAAGCCAUGGCAGAGAGGCUCCCUCGUGCUACUGGAAUUUCCCUUGACGUCAGCUCUCCCGACCUCGACGAUCAGGUCGCCGCUCACGAUCUUGUGAUCUCCCUCGUGCCUUAUACUCACCACCCUCGGGUCAUCGAGGCGGCUAUCAAGGGAAAGACGCACGUUGUCACUACCUCGUACAUAUCCCCUGCUAUGCGUGCGCUCGAUGAGCAGGCCAAGGAGGCUGGAAUCACUGUCUUGAACGAGAUUGGCUUGGAUCCUGGUAUUGACCACCUGUAUGCCGUCAAGACCAUUGACGAGGUUCACGAAAAGGGCGGCAAGAUCAAGAAAUUCUUAUCUUACUGCGGCGGUCUCCCUGCUCCCGAGGCUUCUGAUAACCCUCUCGGGUACAAAUUUUCGUGGUCAUCGCGUGGUGUUUUGUUGGCUUUACUCAACAACGCCAAGUAUUACGAGGACGGUGAGGUCAAGAGCAUCGAGGGCAAGGAGUUGAUGGGUGUCGCAAAGCCAUACUAUAUCAACCCUGCUUAUGCCUUUGUCGCUUAUCCUAACCGUGACUCGACUCCUUUCCGAGAGUGGUACAACAUCCCCGAGGCUGAGACUGUUGUUCGUGGAACUUUGCGCUUCCAAGGAUUCCCCGCAUUCAUCAAGGCUUUGGUCGACAUUGGUUUCUUGGAUGACGCCAAGAAAGAUUACAUUGAAAGCGACAAAAUUACUUGGGCUGAACUCACUGCCAAGGCUGUGGGCGCAGGUUCCACUGAAGAAUCUGCACUCGUUGAACGCAUCAAGCAGCUUGCUGCCUUCCCUGAUGCAUCGGAAGAAGCACGUAUUCUUUCCGGUCUGCGCUGGAUUGGCCUUUUCUCUUCUGAUAUUGUGACGCCUCGCUCCGGCAACCUUCUCGACACACUCUGCGCGCGCCUCGAGGCCUUGAUGGCUUACGAGGAGGGUGAGCGUGACUUGGUUAUGCUCCAGCACAAAUUCUUUGUCGAGUGGGCUGACGGAAAGACUGACAUCAUUACCUCCACCCUCGAGGCCUAUGGCGAGCGUGCUGGAUAUAGCGCUAUGGCGCGCACAGUCGGUGUUCCGUGUGGAAUCGCUACUCGUCUACUUUUGGACGGGGAACCUGCGCUUAACAAACCAGGAGUGCACGCACCAUACACCAAGGAUAUAUGUGAUCCGAUCCGUGCCAAGCUCGAGGCCGAGGGAAUAGGUAUGGUCGAGCGGGUGCUUUAA